AUGGCCAAAACCAACCUCAUUGUUCUAGCCGGUGCCCUGCUCCUUGUGCUAUUGCUUUCCUACGGUAUCACAUUUACCGAGGAAAGGGUUUUGAAGACAGACAAAGACGUCAAGCCUGCUGGAAACUAUGUGACGAAUGUGAUGACCAACAGUCGCAAGACCAACUUGAACCGUGACAUUUUAGAAGACGGAACAGAUGAUGUCCAUACUGCCAGCUCUGCCAAUGACACUGCAUUCGAUGCCGAUGAUUUCCGCCCCACGACUCCAGGCCACAGCCCCGGCGCCGGUCACUCCACCGGACCUGCCAGUAAUGACAAAAACUAG